GCGUCACUGAAUCGGCUAAAGAAGGUUCUGUGGGAUUCUGCGGACCAUCGCCAUCUUUGUAGACGACGACGAGUUGAAGUCUUUUCCUUUGUCAUUUGUGAUCUUACUUUAACGAGUCGACGACGCUUCUAAAUCUCAAAUCUUUCACAUAACUGCAUUAUGCACCAUUCAAAGCGAGCCCGCUCUCCCUGCAUUUGGCUUGAUGAGUACAGCUGGGAAGAGAGGAUGGAUCGUAAACGAAGAAAAUAUGAUUCUCACAGCAGUGAAAGAGAAAACAAGUCAAGAAGAACUUACCGCCAUCACAGACAUUAUGAAGGGCACUACCUAGAGACCCGCAGUUUGAACCAGAGGCCGGACUCUCGAGAAAGACCAGUCCGAGAGCGCAGCUGGGACAUGGCCUGUGAGGACAGCCGAAACAGGACAUGCAGCGAGAAGGACCGGGACUGGAACCACUACAGCAAGUCUUCUGGGCGCAGUGGUCGUAGCGGGCGUAGCCGAAGGAGCAGCCGCCGCCACAGAGACAGGCGGCACAAGCACACCCAUUCCCGCCACCGCUCCGCUUCGAGGAGGAGCCAUCACCGCAGGAGCAGGAAAAGAUCCAGGAGUUUUGAGGAUGAUGACGAGGGUCACCUCAUCUAUCACAGUGGAGACAUGCUGAACUCAAGAUAUGAGAUAGUGUGUACUCUUGGAGAGGGUGCCUUUGGGAAGGUUGCUGAAUGCAUUGAUCACGGAAAUAAUGGAGCACGAGUGGCUCUGAAGAUCAUUAAAAACAUAGACCGUUAUCGUGAAGCGGCUAUGUCUGAGGUGGAGGUGCUGGCCCAGUUAAAAGCCCUGGACUCUCAGAACAGAUACUCAUGUGUUCACAUGUUUGACUGGUUUGAUUUCCACGGCCAUGUGUGCAUUGCAUUUGAACUGCUGGGCCUCAGCACCUACGACUUCCUCAAAGAGAACAACUUCCAGCCUUUUCCUAUUGAGCACAUCAGACACAUGGCGUACCAGAUUAUCAGAGCUGUUCGGUUUCUGCACAAAAACAAGUUAACCCACACAGACCUGAAACCAGAAAACAUAUUGUUUAUUAAUUCAGACUAUGAUUUGGAGUACAAUUCAGAUAUGAAACGUGAUGAACGAACCUUGAGAAACCCUGAUGUGAAAAUAGUGGAUUUUGGUAAUGCCACUUAUGAACAUGAGCACCACACGUCUGUGGUGUCUACGCGCCACUACCGGGCUCCAGAGGUCAUUUUAGAUUUGGGUUGGGACCAUUCUUGUGAUGUCUGGAGUAUUGGCUGUAUACUUAUUGAGUAUUACCUUGGAGCAACUCUGUUUCAGACACAUGACAGCAAAGAACACCUCGCCAUGAUGGAGAGAGUCUUGGGGCCCAUUCCCACAAAUCUUCUGCAGAAAACCAGGAAACGCAGAUAUGUUCAUCGGUCUAAGUUGGACUGGGACGCACACAGCUCAGCUGGAAGAUAUGUCCGAAAACACUGCAAGCCCCUAAAGCAUUACAUGACUUCCCGGGGUGAGGAUCACCAGCUGCUCUUUGACCUUAUCGAGAAGAUGAUGGAGUACGACCCGGCCAAGCGCCUCAGUCUGGAGCAGGCCCUCAGACACCCCUUCUUUGCGUGCUACCACAAGAGCAGCAGCGUGAGCAGCCGCUGUAGCACUGCCAGUCACAGCAGUGACAGCAGUAACCAUAGCAACAGCAGCAGUGGCAGUGGCAGCAAAUCAGGCUGAGCUUAGUGCUUCAGGGGGGGACACUGAAGUCUCACGUUUGAGCAUGACUCUCCACGAGAGCUAUAGUUGACUGUAUCAGUCCACUGCCCUGCUUCUAUCUGUGCUGUUUGUUAGGCGUAGGUUUAUAAUAUAUGUGGAAAUAUUUAUUUGCCAUUGUCUAGUAUUUUGUUAUUUUUUACACAAUUCUUAACAUCUGUUUCUGUUCAUUGAUGUAUGAUUUAUGGGUAAUGCAAAAUAUGGUUAGAAACCUUGGCAUUAUUUAUUUGUACAGCAUUAUUUGUGGAAGGGGCAGAUUUUCCUUGUACAUAAAUGAUUUUUUCAUGUGUAACUUUUACAGAUUGUUGUGCAACAUUUUCCAAAAUAAAAAUCUUGAAAAUUA